AUGUCACUAAUCGACGUUGCAAACCUGGCAAAAGAUUCAUCAAGUACUUAAAUUUAACUUGCUAUUUAAUAAGCCGUUUCACUGUCAUCUAUCUAUCUACAGGUCUGCUAUCAAACAUAGUGUAUCAUGAUGAAGUUUUGUUGUUCGAUUGUUAUCAUCAUUUGCACACUUGAUGCGUGUUAUGGCGGCAUUCUAUCUGGACAAUGCCAAUCUACAAACGGAACAUGCGGACAAAGAGGUUAUUCGUGUGAUGCGACGUUUGGGAAAGGAUGGACACGGUAUGGCAAAUGUUGCAACGAAAGACCUUGUUGCAAAUUAGUGCCAUGUGUUUCGGAAACUUGUCCAGCGGGGUUCAGGUUUUUACCAAGCCAAGUAACUACUACUAAUUGUUAUGUUGGGGGUGAAUCAGAAAAUUGGGUUCAAGCGCAGAGGAUGUGUGCCAGUUUACCAGGUGCCUAUCUGUGGAGACCGAGAUCUGGACAAGAAGCCGCUGCAGUUUUCAAUGCAUUUAACAUUGCUAGCAAUAUAGUUGUGUGGACCGGUGCAAAUGAUAUCGACAAGGAUGGAUUAUACACAUUUGACACAGAAAAUAGUUCAUUUGCGAUCCAUACUGUCCCAUUUGGAAUAGGCUUUCCGAGUCCUGCGGAAGGUUAUGAUUGUGUGGCGAUAGAAAGGGAUGAAGGUGGAUGGAAAUGGUUUGAAUGGGCUUGUACCUUUUACAUAACCUACAUAUGCGAGUAUCCCAGAAGAGUUUGUCCAUAGAGACUUUGACACUGUCAACGAUGUUCUUCAUUUGAAAAAAAUUGUCGAUGCAUGGAAAAAUAAAAUUAUUAAAAGCGGA